AUGCUUAGCGUCUGCCGCUCGGUUGGUCCCACAGCACUAUUUACCCCUAAUGCUGAGACGAAUCAUCGUAUCAAACCCCAAUUGGCUCAGAAUGCACCAGCAAAUCAGAUAUCCGUGGAAUCCAGUACAACGUUGCCACUGAUACUGCCACAACCUCUCAGUCAAGUACAUCAGCAGUCCCACCUCGCAACCAAGAAAGCUAAGAAACGAAAUGCCGCGUCGACGGUCAAUACCGCAUCGACGGCUGAUCCCCCUCAGGUGACUAUGGACAACCUGCUCAAGGAGGUGCUGGCCUCGAUGCAGGAGAUUGCGGAGAUUCAAGGAAAGACUGAGAGUGUGCAUAAUGAGAUCAAGAGCGUUCAGAACGACAGUGAACGCAUCGAGAGUAAUAUUACUAGUUUUCGCAAGGAUCUAGACGCGGUGAGAGUCGAACACACUCAGAUUGUUGAAGCACUGAGAGAAGUCACUCUGUUACUAGUCCCCUUGCAUCUUCGCGUCCUACUCGACCUUGCACGCAGCAAGGUUCUGGAACACUGCAAGUCAUCAUAUCAGUCUUGUACCCUUGUGCCAUUUGGAUUUGCUUACCUCGCCCUUCUUGCGCUUCCCCAGCAGCACCACUCUGUUCUCCGACAACUCUAUUUGGGUCAGCAGUUGCCAGAUUACAUCGGCUGUCCAUUCGAUUUCGGGAAUCGCGACUCCGGUGUUCUUCUUCCCCAUCACGAAGCACGACAACGGCGAGUCACGACGACAACAAAGUGUAAAGUAGGGUGUGUUUUGUGCGAAGGGGUCAUAGGCGUGGGCGGUGGGCGUGGGCGAAAUGCGAAGUACUAUCCAGACGUCGAACCUUCAGAUAUGCUCAGCGUCUGCCGCUCUGUUGGUCUCACAGCACUAUUCACUCCUAAUGCUGAGACGAAUCAUCGUAUCAAGGCCCAAUUGGCCCAGAAUGCACCGGAAAAUCAGGCAUCCGCGGAAUCCAGUACAACGUCGGCCACUGACACUGCCACAACCUCCCAGUCCAGUACAUCAGCAGUCCCACCUCGCAAAUCCAAGAAAGCUAAGAAACGAAAUGCCGCGUUGACAGCCAAUACCACAUCGAAGGUUGAUCCCCCUCAGGCGACUAUGGACAGCCAGCUUAAGGAGAUGCUGGCCUUGAUGCAGAAGGAGAUUGCGGAGAUCCGAGGAAAGAAUGAGAAGAUUCUGAAUGAGAAUGAGAGCAUGCGCAGUGAGAUGAAGAGCAUGUGCGGUGAGAUGGAGAGCAUGCGCAACGAGAACGAGAGGAUUCUCAAUGAGAAUGAGAGCAUGCGCAGUGAGAUGAAGAGCAUGCGCGGUGAGAUGGAGAGCAUGCGCAACGAGAACGAGAGGAUUCUCAACGACAACGAGCGCAUCAACAACGACAACGAGCGCAUCAACAGUGAUGUUGAAGCACUAAGAGAAGUCACUCUGUUACUAGUCGCCUUGCAUCUUCGCGUCCUACUCGACCUUGCACGCAGCAAGGUUCUGGAACACCUCGGCCACGAGACCUGGGAAGGACUUCGCGCUUCCUGUAGUGUCUAUCAACUCUCGAAUAAAAUAUUUGAUGAUCUUAAACGGAAGGGAGUAUCAUACACCCCACCCUACCAGUCCAUACUUUUCUUAUGUUCAUAUAACAACAUCAGGCGGGCAGGAAAUACAGCUGCUCACACCGCAAAGGAGAAUGAUAUUAGGCAUGCAGUCUUAACCCAGCAGCUGGAUUCUCAAGAACGAGCAUGCUUGGAGAAUUUGUUUACAUAUGCAUACGACGGGACAAAACUCUAG